AUGACACCACGACGUAGACACGAUAGCAGGUCCAAAGCUCGAAGAUACAGAAAUCUUAAACAACCUCGAAGUCUGUCUGUUGGUACAUGUUCCGCGACACGGUGCUCGUCAGUUUGCUUCACCUGAAAACUAUCGAAAGCGACAUUCUAAAGCUGGUAAUGUCGUUUCAUUAUUUUACGUGUUACUGAACACGCGUCUGGGCGUUCUCGUUGUCUCGAAACGUCGCAUUACCAAGAAAUGUCGGUCUACGUCUGGUGCUGUUCUUGCGGAUGAUCUUCUUUAUUUCUUCUCCCCUUAUUUGAGCGUCGCUUGUAACAGCACGUUCACCAGUUCUCUGGCUCGAGAGCAUUCGCUACAGAAUCUCAAGCAAGUACGUGACUCUGGUCACAACCACUCCGGUCGUGUAGACCGGACAUUGUACGCUUUUAUUUCAACAACUCCGACCCUCGGUUCAUCAGGGAUUUGUAUGAGAGGUAAUCUUACUCUUGCUACCGUAUAUUCUCGAUUCCCUCUUUCUUCUUACUGUACCUCGUUUCAGUCAAUUUUCGUGGAAGCUUGUUCGCGGUUCGAGGGACGUUCCAACUGGGUUCCACUUCUGUUGCAUGCUCAUUCUAUAGCCAAGAGUGAAAAUCGAAGCGAUGGACACUAUUCAUACACGGUUCCUCGAGCUAUCUUAUCGUCGCGUACAACAAAGUCCUCGAACCUGAAGAAGCACUCGAUAAUAUGUAUAUUCAGGAAGAGGAAUGGUCUCGCCGAUCUGCAACGUUUCACCGUGGAUAGAAUGAAAUGGGGCAAGCUUCCGGAUGUACACGUUGUCGAAACGAGUUUUCAGAUUGCCGAUUUUCUUCGACGAUUCAUUACGAAGUAUCGGGAAACAGAGGUGGCAAAGAACCUACAUAAUGCAAUAACGAUCGACGAAGAUAAGAUAGAUCGCCAUUCGGAUGAAAUUUUGAUUCUGAAACAAUCUUCGUCCUGUCUUCGAAAUAUUUUUCAUGUGUUUUCAUGUUGGUUGUACGAUGGUCUUCGUCGAAUUGCUGGUGUCUCGUAUUUUGAGAAAUUCGUCAUA